UCGUUUUUAGUCUAAAGCUUGGUUUUGUCCUGUAAAGUGCAAUAUGUCUGUGAUUGUGAUUGUUCAUUUGUGAUUGUCCCAUAUUGUUGCUCAAUUGGUGAUUUUAACUUAAAAGCCUCUUGUACUGUUUUAUUAUAUUGAUCUAUAAUAAAAUUUGUUCAAACUAUCGGGGAAAAAGUUAUUGAUCACAUACGACAAUAAUUUUUGUGUAUGUGUCCGUCAUAUUGUGACUGUCCCCCGUACGGUUUGUGGAAAAGUAUCAAAAUUAUUAUAUAAGAUAACAAGAAUGUAAAUGACAUCGGUGUGUGAUGUAAAAUUUGGAGAUGAAAAUGCAAUUAUUUCACAUGUAAAAUGCAUGCGGGAGAUCAAGUACAGGAACAAAAUAAAAAAGUUCUAGCGUUGCGUGCAGCCGUGGAAGUUCAACAGGACUUGGCUGAAACGAGUACACUGCAAACGGAAAUCGUUUGGGACGUAUUGGGUCCCGAUCAAGAAGAUGUUUUGCGCAAGAAAUUGGAGUAUAUGUUUCCGGAUGAUAGAACGGUUUAUACAUCCAAACAAGAUAUACGGCGAGCACGAAGGCAUAAUGUUAACGUCAAGGAAAUCCGAGCUAAAUUGUUUCAAAAUAUUUGGCAACAGAGGAAGUUUACAAAUGGCGUUCUACUACACUCUAUUAUAUACGUAAUAGUGACAUCAGAUACUGAUGUGAAAAAUGCAAAAUAUUCACAUAAUUAUACCAUACAUCCUAUAUUUCGUACAAGACGAUGUCUAAAUUCGAACAGCAGUUCGGGCUGCUGUAUGAUAUUUAUAGACGAACAGUCUCGUAUAUAUCAAAAUUGGAAUGAUUUUGUGAAUAAUAAUGAAUUGCCUAUUGGCGCUAUGGUUGCACCUGCCAACGGAUGCUAUUACUUGGACGAUAACAACACGGUGCAACUAGAGUGUGGUCUGACGCCGGCGUAUUAUAAAAAAGGUUUGGCAAGAAUGGAUGCAGUCUUCUCAGCGGUCUCUGCAGUUGGCCAGGCUUCUUCUUUGGUUCAUCCUAUGUUUUCUCUAUUAACCAUUGGCGCCAAGACCUAUGAGACAUUACGAGAUUAUCAAAAAAUGUCCGAUAAAGUUAAGCAUGGCACUGCAACAAAGACUUCGGCCAAUUUGAAUUUAAGCGGAAACGUCAUAUGUUUGACAUCGUCAGUUGCAACUUUUGGAGCCUACAUGGUAGUUCCAAAUGGCGGUUCUCUUUCGUUUACAACAAACAUGUCAAUUCAAGCGAUUAAUAGCGCAGCAACUUUAAUAAAUUGCACCAAAUUUAUAUUAACAACUUACGACAUAUUUACGCGUUAUUUCAGCGAUGAAGAUGACCUUCAGUUUAGCGAUCUCGUAGCAUUUGGUUCUUCAUUAUUAUUAUUAACCAAUUCCGUUAAUAAUAUGGUUAUAACAUCCCAAUUGGGAAAUAUCGGAGGAAAUUCAUUGAGGUCUUUGUUACAAACUAAAAUAAAAGCUGGUCUUUCAUUGGUGGCAGAAGAAGCAAUACGCCUAACGAUGCAAAGUGGUGAUAGUUUUGACCUUUUGCGUAUGGUUAAUGAUAUACCAUUCAGAGACAUUCUACGUUCAAUGCAUACCAUUUGUGAAAAUCUAACACCAACUGGCUUCCUAACAACUAUCUCGGCUAUCGGUACAGCAGUUCUCGAAAUGGCACCUGGUCUGGUAGUUGAAGUAACAAAUAAAGAGAUUACUCAGCUUAACUUUAUUGAAUUGGCCAAAGUCUAUGGUUCGAAGUUUGUCAAGCAUAUUGCAAACGCCAACAGUCUUAUGGAUGUCCUUAAUGGAAUGGGCAUAUAUUUUUCAGAGGCCGUGACACAAUUGAUUUUCAAUCAAGCGCGUCUAUUUGUCGAUACCUGUGUCGAUGUGAUCGACGAACAGCAGAACACGUUCUUAACAACGGAAAUGAUCAUUUUCAAAAUGUUUUCGUUUGCGGUGAAGAACUACAAGGAUUUGAGCUAUGAGUAUUUGGAUAAUAAGAGGGAUGAACUAAUACAGGGUGUCACAGAAUAUUUCCAGUCAUUCAAUCCGAAACCGCAUCAAUCGUCGUUAUCGGAGACUGAAAGCGGUUCAAAACGCGCUUGUGAUGUUUGUUGUGGUUAUUAUUUUUUAGUCGAAUUAUAAAUGAAUAGAGGAGGAAGAUGUGAAUGUAAAUGUGCUGUGAUUGUCAAUGAUUUCUUUUCUUUUUUCUUCAGUUUGUGAUUGUGAUUCUCUUUCUUAACUUAGGCAUUAAUUAUUUAAGUAUUCUGGUUAUCAAUUCUUUGUAAUUUUGAUUUGCUAACGAAUGUGGCACACGUCGAUCGAGCAAAUCAAAAAUUAAUAAUUAUAUUCUAUAUUGUGAUAAUUUUAGUUAGUAACGUAUAAUAAUAAAUAAUAAAGUAAUGAUUCGAUAUUCAAA